GGGGGCGGUUGUCUGGUCCCUGAGGCGUUGCGGCGUCCCUCUCCUGCCCUCGGCGGGUGAAGCGGGCUCCCCUCACCGUGUCCCCCCCACACACACACCGAGCUCAGGACGUGGUCCCCGGGUCUCGUGUGAAGCCCUCAAAGGCUCCUGGACCUCGGCGAGUUGAAGAGACAAGUGCGCACAUCUCUGUGAGUGGCAGCGGCACCAUGACGCUGAGGCUCCUGGAAGACUGGUGCAGGGGGAUGGACAUGAACCCUCGGAAAGCACUGUUGGUUGCCGGCAUCCUUCCCACCUGCGGACUGGCAGACAUCGAGGAGGCCCUGCAGGCUGGCCUGGCUCCCUUGGGGGAGCACAAAUUGCUUGGGAGGAUGUUCAGGAGGGAUGAGAACAAAAAUGUAGCCCUGAUAGGGCUUACAGUAGAGACUAGCAGUGCUCUGGUUCCCAAGGAGAUAGCUGGAAAGGGGGGUGUCUGGAGAGUGAUCUUUAAGCCUCCUGGUGCUGAUAAUGAGUUUUUAUGCAGAUUAAGUGAGUUUUUAAAGGGGGAGGGCAUUACGAUGGGUGAGUUGAUCAGAGUUCUUGGGAAUCGAAAGGACCCUCUCAGCCUAGAUCAGGGCAUGAUCUCUGAAAUGCGAGCACCCAUGUUGGCCCAGGCAUUAGAUGUGGCUCUUAAGCCUACCCUGCAGUAUCUGAGUUACAAAAAGCUGAGUGUAUUCUCAGGCAGGGAUCCUCCGGGACCAGGUGAAGAAGAAUUUGAAUCGUGGAUGUUUCAUACUUCUCAGGUAAUGAAAACAUGGCAGGUGUCAGAUGUCGAGAAAAGAAGGCGGUUGAUAGAGAGCCUUAGAGGCCCAGCAUUUGAAAUUAUUCACGUCCUCAAGAUAAACAAUCCUUUCAUUACAGUUGCAGAAUGCCUGAAGACCCUUGAGACAGUAUUUGGGAUUAUUGAUAAUCCUAGGUCAUUGCAGGUCAAAUACCUUACUACUUACCAGAAGGAUGGUGAAAAGCUGUCUGCAUAUGUUUUAAGGUUGGAGCCUUUAUUACAGAAAUUGGUACAGAAAGGAGCAAUUGAGAAAGAAGUUGUGAAUCAGGCCCGCCUAGAGCAGAUCAUCGCUGGAGCAGUCCACAAGACAGUUCGAAGAGAGCUUGGACUGACAGAGGGUGGCCCAGCCCCAGAUUUACUUCAGUUACUGAAACUGAUAAAAGACAAGGAGGCGGAAGAGGAAGAGGUCCUCCUUCGGGCCAAAUUAGAAGGGUAUUUCACUUGACCCAAGACUGGCGAGGAUGUCAUGAUGAACAGAACAUGAUGGAAGAAUUCAUUUCAGUGGUCAGGCCAUUCCCACUUGUGCUGCCAAAGUAACUUACCCUUUGUUGUGUUCACCCUAUUGAAUAUCUCCCCAAUGUAUUACUGACAAAUCAAAAGAUUAGUCAUUCUACUAGUGCAGUGUUCCAGGAGGCCAAACAAAGUUCACUUGCACGUGUAAUAGUCAUAUGUGACCAUGUUUUCAGUUACCAAUAGUUUUCAAGUGUUGCCCACAUUUAUGGUGAAGACCCUGAGCCAAGGCUGGCUAAGAUAUUGAGGGUUUCUUUUUUAUGUAUAUAAUAUAUGUGUGUGUGUAUAUAUAUAUAUACAUAUAUCAGUUAUUGAUUCUGUGCAAUCAAAAAGCACACUUGAAUGCUGAGGUUAAGUCUACAACAGCUCUCCUUAGGUUGUGAUGUAUCUGAUGUGUUGUCAAAGUGACUGAUUCUAAAUAUCAUUUUCUUGGUGUUAUAAAAUUGAAUAAAGAAAUGCCAAUAAUAAA